AUGGCUUCCUCAGCAAGCUCAGAUGAAGGAGAGAUUAGGGAUAUUGAAGUAGAGAAGGCAACUACGAUGCCGCCGAAACUCGAUGGCACUUCCGUUGACCGUCAAGACAGAAUCCGUUCUAGCAAAUCUAUCUCGAAUUCCCCUGAGCACAGACAAAGAGACAUACGGUCGCGAAGCAGAUCUCCUUACUCAGACCGCGCCCCUAGAGGAGCAAAGAGAAGCCGGAAUGACGACUACCACGAAAGGUCCCGAGACCCUCGAAGAUUCAAAGUCCAUUACGAAGACAACAACUCUUCCAAUUACCGACGACGGCCUCGUGUGUCCUAUGAAGAUCUCGACAGAGGUUCUGCUACGCACGCGGGGCUUUCAUACGACGAGCGCGAUAGAUAUGUCGACAACAAACGCCCUAGAACGCGCAGUCGUUCUCCUUAUCGUGCAAACCGUGGAGAAAACUACAAUAAUGGUGGGCGCGGUAGGCGAGAUGCGGAGGGAUACAAUCCAUCUGGGUCGCGAGGCAAUCGGUCUUCCAAUAGUAAUGGUAAUGCGGAAAUACGAAGUCGGGAUGCAAUGGACUUGUCAGUGAGCAAACGGGGAAACAGCCCGCUGCCUACUGGCGAUGCAAGACAACAGGCUAAAUCUACGCAAGGAUAUUCACAACAGUCUUCUGAAAAGAGAUCGAGUACAGAAAUCAAUGCUAAAAAAACGGUUGCAUUCGCUCAUGCUCCUGAACAGGAAGUAGUCGAAGAGGAAACACUUGAUGAGGCAACUCUGAUUGAGCAAAGACGGAAACGUCGUGAAGCGAUCAAAGCUAAGUAUCGAGGUGCUGCUACUCCGUUGUUGGUUCAAGCCUUGCAUAUAGGAGACAAGACAGGAGAUUCCACUCCAGCGCGGGAGGAUGAGGACUCACCAUCUGCUCCAGCGUCUCCUGUCACUCCUUCUACACCUGCUGAGAUUCGAGAUGCAGCUUCGCCUUCGGCUUUCUCUAUAAACGAUGAUUUAGAGCUUGCGAACUCCAAUGGCCAAGCCAACGGCGACGAUGGCCCCUCGGCCGCAGAUUAUGAUCCUACAGCAGACAUGAGAGAAGACAACCAACGUGACGUCCAAAGACACACAGAUGAAGUAUCUUCCUCGACAUAUGAUGAGACGAAGCCUACUACUGAACAGGAUGUCUUACUUCCAGUUAGCUCUAGCCAAGCUCAAGAACGGCCACCAAAAGAACCAGAAGAGUUUGACAUGUUCGCUGAUGAGGACGAUGAGGAUGACAUGUUUGCUGAAAAACCGGUGGGAAAUAAAAUCUUUGUUCCAAACCCAGAAGAAAAUGUCGCCAAAGCAGUUGCCAUACCCGGCGCAAAAGAACUCGAUAUUGGGAUGCUCGAUAACUGGGACGAUAUUGAAGGCUACUAUAAAGUCAUUUUAGGUGAACUCCUAAAUGGCAGAUACCAUGUCCAGGCAAACUUAGGGAAGGGUAUGUUCUCAGGUGUUGUUCGAGCAACAGACGUGACGACAAAGAAGCUGGUAGCCAUCAAACUCAUCAGGAAUAACGAGACCAUGAGAAAAGCUGGCAUGAAGGAGAUUGAAAUACUCCAAAAGAUCAACGAAGCAGACCCAGAAGAUAAAAAGCACAUGAUUCGCCUAGAACGUCAUUUCGAGCACAAAGGUCAUUUGUGCAUGGUAUUUGAAAAUUUGAGCAUCAACCUACGUGAAGUUCUCAAGAAAUUUGGGCGCGACGUUGGUAUCAACUUGCGGGCCGUCCGAGCAUAUGCUCAGCAAAUGUUCCUUGGGUUGAGCCUUAUGCGAAAAUGCAAUGUGCUUCACGCAGACCUAAAGCCUGACAAUAUAUUGGUGAACGAGUCCCGUAAUAUGCUCAAAAUAUGCGAUCUUGGAUCAGCAUCUGAUGCGUCAGAUAACGAAAUCACUCCCUAUCUUGUCAGUCGGUUCUAUCGUGCACCUGAAAUUAUACUGGGUAUGCAUUACGAUUUUGCCAUCGAUAUAUGGUCUGUAGGAUGCACUUUAUACGAACUGUAUACUGGCAAGAUUCUCUUUACCGGACGAACCAACAAUCAGAUGCUACGAUCAAUUAUGGAUUGUCGUGGUAAAUUUACCACAAAGAUACUCAAACGAGCGCAAUUCGCCCACGUUCAUUUCGACGAGUUGGCCAACUUUAGGAGCGUCGAACAAGACAAGCUCACAGGCAAGGAUGUUGUCAAAACACUUUCUUUCACCAAACCGUCGCGCGACCUUCGAACCCGCCUCGUGUCCGCAUCAAAAGGUCUUACUGAAUCUGAGAUGAAGGAAUUGAACUUGUUUGCAGACUUGCUUGAUCGCUGUCUGGCGCUCAACCCAGAGAAGAGAUGUACCCCGGCUGAGGCAUUGAGACACCCUUUCAUUCUCAAAACCGUCAGGUAA